AUGACAGGCCCAACCAACCUCGAGCCCAAGGACAUCCAGGCCGUGCUGGCACAGUACCAAGGAGACCGCUAUGUCGACGGCUGGGAUGCACUCUGGAACAAGGGCGACAAUCUGCCUUGGGACAAAGGAUUCCCCAACCCGGCUCUCGAAGACACGCUGGUCCAGCGCCGUGGCACGAUCGGCGGGCCCAUCGCCGAGGAUGCCCAGGGCAAGUCGUACAGACGAAAGGCCCUGGUCCCCGGCUGCGGCAGAGGAGUCGAUGUGCUCCUGCUGGCUAGCUUUGGCUACGAUGCGUACGGCCUCGAGUAUAGUGCCACGGCCGUGGAGGCGUGCAAGAAGGAAGAGGCUGAGAAUAGCGGCUGGUAUCGGGUCCGAGACCAGACCGUCGGUCGGGGACAAGUCACCUUUGUGCAAGGAGACUUCUUCAGCGACGCCUGGUUGCAGCAGAUCGGGGUGCCGUUGAACGGGUUUGACGUGGUCUACGAUUAUACGUUCUUCUGUGCUCUGAGUCCGUCGCUUCGACCUCAAUGGGCACUCCGGCACACCCAGCUUCUGGCUCCUUCGCCGACGGGCAACUUGAUCUGUCUCGAAUUCCCCCGCCACAAGGACCCGCAGAGUCCGGGGCCGCCUUUUCCGUCCUCGUCGGAGGCGUACAUGGAGCACCUGAGUCAUCCGGGCGAGGAUAUCGCGUACGAUAACAAAGGUGUCGUCAAGCACGACCCCUUGAGGGCGCCGAGUCAAUCCGGACUGGAACGGGUGGCGUAUUGGCAGCCAGAGCGGACGCACGAGGUGGGCCAGGGUGAAAAGGGAGUGAUCCAUGACAGAGUCUCGAUUUGGCGUCGACGUAACUAG